AUGACACAACCACCACCAUCUGAAGCGGAAGAGCUCAAUGCCGAGCUGACCAAUUUGGAAGCGUCUCUUGAAGCGCCACAUCUGAAUCGAGGCCGAGCCGUGUUCAAUUCGAUUGCUUCGGGACUUUCCAAUUUGGGGAGGCGGAUUGAUGAAGCCCUCAGUAACAGCACGAACAGCGCCAAUCGACGUUUGCGAGAACGGUUGUCGACAGCGCGGCUGGCCCACUCUUCGCGACGUCCUCUGGAAGUAGUGCGACAAUCCCAACACGCCCAGUCUACCAGGCAAUUGCCCUCCAACCCGCGCAGAGGAGCCGCCAACGCCACACGGCCAACACAAUCACUUCCCGUGCAAUCACUGCCGAGGAACUCUCCACGGGCAUCCUCCAUUUUGAUGGCCAGUCGAGCCAGAAGUAUUGGAAAUUUGAAUCCAACGUCUGCUACAGUUCCAGGAGGUACUACUAAUAACGACAGUGGUGUUAUAGUGGAGGGUGAAGAGGAUGAGCUGUUUUCAAGAGAACUCCACGAACAAGCCUCCAAACGGGCUCGGACAACAAUACGAGAAUCUACAACCAGUCCAAGCAGCAACACAAUAGACACCAACCUGGAUGAUGACACGGCAGAAAUUCCCACCAUACCGUCCAAAGUUUUGCUGACCAGAGCUCAGAGUCAGAAUACCCUCAACACUUCCAUUGUCUCUGUCUUGUCGCAGGAUUCGAUGGUUGAAGCAGUAGAGGUUGCUCUCUCACCGUCGUCCCAACAACAAGAACCAGAGCAGGGCUUGCCUGGAAGUCAAAUUUAUUCCUGGGGACUCGAUGGAUUGCUCUCCUUGCACGAUGACGAUAGUCCAAGGACAGACCCACCCUCGUCCAAACUAGAAAAAACGUCUCGCCUGGGGCGGGCUGGGGCACCGGCGAUUGUGAGCGUGGCCAUGGGAGAACAUCACACGGCAUGUGUCACCCAAAGUGGAGGUGUGUACGUCUGUGGCAAGAACGAAAAGGGGUGUCUUGGAUUGAGUGUCGCAGCUUGCCCCAAACCAAGUCGAUUGGAAGGAGCAUUAAUGAGCCAAACCAUUUUGCAAGUGAGCUGUGGAUUGGAUCAUACCGCCGCUGUUACAGCCAAUGGAGCUGUCUUGUCAUGGGGAUCCAAUCAACAAGGGCAACUGGGACAUCGGAAUAAAACACCGGCUGAUUUCUGCGCUCCUCAAGCCAUGAUGUUGGCGUCUCAUCAAGCCGCGGCUGUGGCCUGUGGACACUACUUCACAUUGGUCUUGACGAACCGAAUGUGCGUCUUGGCAUGUGGUGUCGAUUAUAUUGCCCCACAUGGUAGUCCAGUGCCGGCGUCGAUUCCUGCAUUGAUUGGCUUGCCUCUGGUCUUUGUUGCGGCAGGGCACAACCACGCCGUCGUUCUAACCAGUAAUGGCACUGCAUUUGCAUGGGGAGUCAACGAUUCAAUGUGCUGCGGAAGGUCCUACCCCAACUGUUUCUCUGUGCCAGUAGAAAUGCAAUUGCCGGACACAACAGAUACCACCAAGAGCAAUGCGCUUCGGUCCUCCUUGACCACAUGUUCGUCCAAUUCAACCCAGCCCCGCAAAAAGCAUCCGUUUCGAAACUGGGCCAACAAGUGGCAACCAAACAACAAUCUCAUCUUGGCUCCGCAACAUCCUGUCUCUGAAUCCGUCAUGUCCAUCGCCGACGACGUGGCAAUAUGCCAAGCCGCUUGUGGGUUAAAUCACACUGUGCUAGUGACACGAUCGGGUCGACUUUUGGUGUAUGGCAAUACAAAAGACGAAGCACCAUGUCCAGCCCAAGCUGUCAAUCACCCAGAUGGAAGCCCUUCCUUGUUUGUUACGGCUGAAGCAGGAUCCUCCUACAAUCUGCUGCUGGACAAUCACGGCGACGUUUGGCACAUGGGGCAUCACGACGACAACCCACGCUGCGUAUUACGUGGAAAAGGUAUUCUGAGCAUUGCGGCUGGUGGAGAGGGGAAUGCCAUUGCGAUCGCUCAAGGAGCGGUCACCCCGCGUGGCAGCACUGUUCGACGUUUCUUCUCCCUUACAGGAAACAACAAUAAUGUCAACAAUUUACUCACAAAUGAAAUCAGCAGCAGCAACAAAGCCAUCAACAGCACCAAUGAGUUAACUGUGCGCGUCGCCAAAAACCUCGACGAGCUUGUGGACUCUCUUGCUCUGGAGAGCAAACGUGGCAGUUUGGUGGCACCUCGCCACGGCGGGAGUCAUGAGUUGACAGCAGCUGCAGAGAUUUCAAAGAGGACGGAAGAAUUGUUGCAGAAUCCUGCUGUUAUGAACAGUCUUUUCUUUGGACCGAGCGAACUCAACAAUAUGUAUACGAAACUCAUGUCCAUUUCCGGAACAGAUACUGCAACGCAGCGAACCUUGCUGGCCGCCAUGGAAAGAGGGAUCCAAAAAGGUCUCGACUCUCUCCUGCCCGAGGAUCCUGAUCACGGGAGAAUGAUCUAUCCAGAGGCAGUUCGAUGCUUACUGGUGUACAUUCGAUUCUUUGAUCGACCCCCGCAACUUGAUAACGACGAACAGUCCAUCUUUGAGAAAUUCGACAGUCGUGGUACCUUGAUCUCCAGCCUUAUGGAGACCAUUUUGUCAUUGCCCUUCGAAGGUUACCAGGCAUUCCUGAAAUGGGCCACAUCCCUUUACAACAGCGAACUCUACAUCCAGAAUCUUGUCAAACCUCUCCUGUUCCAGCUCGAGAAGAGUUGCAGAGUGACAGUGGAUUCAGAUCAAGUGAUGCACACAAGUAUGUCGGUUGGCGCAGUUCCCCUCAUUGUAUCGGUUCUACAGUGGUUGUACAAUGCCUCUGAGCGUCUUGGCAUUGCGAAACCUGAAGACUUUACUUGCACCGUCUUUGAUAAAAUCCCAGUGGAGGCGUUAUACCACGAUUUGUCCAUGCUGAAGAAGGCGCGCGAAUCGCCACAGGGGGUGACCCAAUUCUAUAUUUGCGAGAGCCCAUUCCUGUUUUCACCCGGUACCAAGCGCAAUCUGCUAAAAAUGGAAAAUCAAAUAGAGAUGUUCAAAGCCGCCUACAGUGACGGUGCGGCUCUGAAUCUUGCAACGGGUGAAGUCAGUGUCGAUGCGUUUUUCAAGCUGGAAAUUGAUCGUGAUGACAUGCUGAAGCAGACGUUUGCUGCCAUCAACAAGGCCAAGCCAUCUGAUCUUAGGAAAUCUCUGAGGGUCAAAUUCCGUGGCGAGGAAGGAGUGGAUGCUGGAGGCGUGACCAAAGAGUUCUUUCAAUUGCUCAGUGAGGAGCUCUUUGACGUCAACACUUCUAUGUGGGUCUCAGAUGAAAACAAUACCACUUGGUUUAACAGCAACAAUCUGUGGGAAGAUGUGCGCUAUGAGCUUACCGGAAUCCUGGUUGGUUUGGCUUUGUACAACUCCGUUCUGUUGGACGUCAACUUUCCAAUGGCAGUCUAUCGCAAGCUUUUGGGUUUCCCCCUGGGUUUGGAGGACAUGUUUGAUCUUGAGCUGAAGCGUAGCUUCCAGCAGGUCUUGGACUACGAAGGGGACGAUGUGGAGGACAUAUUCUGUCUUUCCUUUGAGGUCACGUGGACUGAUGAUCUAGGAGAAGAACAGAAGCGCGAGCUGAAACCAGGAGGCUCAGGGAUCCCAGUGACAAGUGAGAACAAAGAGGAAUAUGUGAGGUUGUAUGUCUCUUGGCUCCUUGUGGAUUCAAUCUAUCCUCAGUGGACCUCCUUUGAGACAGGGGUUCUCCGAGUACUGGAAGGAUCAAGCAUCGGACUGUGCCGCCCUGAUGAAGUAGAGUUGCUCGUGGUUGGCUCUCCAGAGCUCGAUUUCGAUGCGUUGGAAGCGAAUACCACGUACGAAGGUGGCUAUGACGAGAAUUCGGAGACAGUCAAGUGCUUGUGGCGUUUUGUCAAGAGCAUGGAUCUGGAAUCCCAAACCAACUUUUUGAAGUUCGCGACAGGAUCACCCAAAGCCCCGAUUGGAGGAUUGGGAGGUCUCAAUUUCAAAAUCCAACGAGCUGGUCCGGACUCGCAACAACUGCCGACAACACACACCUGUUUCAACACUCUGAUCUUGCCAGACUACGGCACGGACGAGAAGUUAUCGGAGCUCCUUGGUCGAGCGAUUGUCGAGUGCGAAGGAUUCGGCUUGGAGUAG